AAAGUGCUUUAAAAUGAAACCGCUUCUUCAAGACACACCAAUGUCAUACUGAAAAAUUAGUCAAAUUAAUAAGCCAAAUUAUCAAAAAGGUCUACCUUUUGAAAAGUUUGAAAGAUGUUCAGAACGGUUCACAGAAUCGCAGGGCAAAACAUUAUGACGUGCUCAAGGUAAUUGAUUUAAUGAAUCAAUUUCCAAUUCAUUUACAGGUCAGUUGGUAAGACCGUUUGCUGGCUGACAUUUAAACUUCAUCCACUGCAUAUUGAGAAACGUGACAGGAAAUAUAGGCUGCGUUUGUCUUGACCAUUUGCCUUUUCUUAAUAAAAUUCAAGUCUAGACGAAUUACGAGCAAAACAAAACAUUUUAAAUUCCGAGUGCUUUUUUUACUAUGUGAGCCUCAGAUAUUGUAAUUGACUAGUGGAGUGAAUUUUUUGAAAUAUGCAUGAAGUUGUUGUGUGCUCUUCAGAAAAGGUGAAAAGGGUCAGUUGUUCCAUUUUAACCUCUUGACACUGUUGAUUUUAUACUCAUGGAAUAGCGGCGUCUCUUCGUCUGUGUAUGUCACCAAUUCAAGUCUCGCCACGUAAAUAUGUGUCUAAAGGUUAGAUAUCCUCUGAAGAGGAGCAACUCAUUCACAAUGGAGAGACUUCCCAUCUCACCGCCGUUGUCAGGACAACCCGAGCGGUAUCCGUCCCCAUAAUAAGUUUCAGUUCAAAGCCGGUGACUUACCUCUUUACAACACUCUCAUGUCCUCCCUCUUCCUUCUCUUUGACUGCUCAUUCUGAGACUUAAGGCUUGAGCCCUUGUCCAAAUAAGCUAUAGACAAAAGUGUUGGUUUUCGGGGACGCUGGAAAGAAGGAGAGUGUGUUUUCCUAUUAACUUUGGACUAGAUUCUGUUAGAGAUGAUGAAAAUACAACACACUGAGGUCGACUAGCUCUUAAAAUAUGCUAGUUUAACAUCAAGAAUCAAAUGUCAUUUAUACAUCGAAUUCUUAUUGGAUUCGAACGAAUAAAAAUAAUUAAUUUGUAACACAUAGGCCAAUUUGUAAUAAGUGUUAGUAAAAUAGUAGGCCUGCAUAAUUAAUAAUUUAUUUUUCACACGGCGGAUUUUAAAAUAUGAUUAUUCAUUGCAAAACAAAACAACAAAAAGGAACAUUGUGAGUUAGUAACUUAAAUUGCACAUAAGUCUUUACUCUGGAGACUAAAAUGGUUGAGACGUUUUCAUUAUGUUUUUUUUUUUAUAUAUAUAAUGAUAACCCUUUCAAUCAGCCACAAUCUAUCGUUUUAUGCAGCAUUUCUGAGAUUACCGAUCAAAAUACAAAAACGAGGACAAGUCACUGACAUGGCGCAGUUCUCCAUAACGCAAUGGCGCGCACUCCAAAAAUACGCACCCCUGACAUAAGCAUUAAAACCACUGAUAUGCUGUAAAUGAGACACUAGUUUAAAAUAAAAUGUUCGAUUUGGGCUCACAAAAGAAACUUCCACUCAGGAAAAUAUCACGACUCGACUGUUUCACACAGUUGUGUAGAUAAGUGAGCGAUUUAUGAAAUCUGUUUAGGCUAGUCAAUGACAAUUUUUGACUGAAGUAAAUAAGAGAGACCUGCAAAUUUAUGUUAAAACUCACUAAACCAAUUUUAACACAUUUACUGAAUUCAAACCAAAUGUCGACAUAAAAUACUAUUGUAGCCUACUACAGUGUUUUGUAUUUCAUUGAUUUUUUCCCCCUCACAUCAAGCGUAGACUCUCCUCUCGUACUAAACGCAUAAAACUGGGCGGAGCACCAAGAACCGUCAGCCCUGAUUACUCACGGUGAGUAAACGUGUGAUUGGUCGAGUGAACGGGAUUUGGGAGUUACACAGACCAAUGAGAUUCCUAGAUUUGGGAAACGGGGUUACUGUCGUGAGGGGGCGUGGGGUGCCCUGGAGAGACCCCAGAGAUAAGCGCAGUCAGGAGCGCAAAAACACUCAGUUGGAUACACGACGUACAGAGAAACUGCGCAACCGCUAUUAGUUCCACUUUGGCGCACUGAUUGUACCGAUGUACACAUUUUGUAAAUUUUUAGAGCUUUUCCAUCGUAUCAGAAUGAUUUAUUUGAUUUCACUCUAACUUAAUCACGUGGGAUGAGUUUUAAUUAACCUUGUUAGAGGCAAGUAACAGACACUCAGUUUGUUCACAGCCUACUUUUUUCUUGUGUAGUGUCUUUACGCAUCCUUUAAUCAAAAAUCGUGGUGAUGUUACUGGACGCCGGCCACCAGAUCUCUGGUUUAGGAGUUGGCACGUUCACAAGGCAUCACUCGGCUGUGAGCGAGACGCAGGACAGAGAUAUGAGUUUCAUGGAAUCGGCGCACAUGGGCGCGUUCAAACUGAACCACCCCGAUUUGUCCCCGGGCCAGAACGCAGCUUUUGCGCCCCAAGCAACCAGCUAUUCCGCAGCCGCUCUUGGAGCGCAUGCGGCGGCGCACGCUGCCUCGUACGCCAGCUCCACUUUCAACUCCACCAGGGAGUUCCUCUUGCGCAGCCGAGGCUUUGGGGACUCGACACCGGGCAGCGGACAACACCCCAUCUUCAGCUCCACAGCAGGGCCUCUCCAUCACUCUCACCCAGAAGGUCAGGGUCACCUACUUUUUCCCGGAAUUCAUGAGCAGCACGGGUCCCAUCACGGCUCUCCAAACAUCCUGAACGGACGCCUUGGAUUACCCGGUGAGGUUUUCGGGCGAACGGAGCAGUACCACCAAGUGCCCAAUGCGCGGGCCGAUCCUUACAGUCAGUAUGGCCUAAAUAUGAGUAUGAACAUGGCGCACCAUCCCGGCGCUUUCUUCCGCUACAUGCGACAACAAUGCAUCAAACAAGAGCUCAUUUGUAAAUGGAUCGACCCGGAGCAGCUUGGUGACCCAAAAAAAUGCUGCAGCAAAACUUUCAGCACUAUGCACGAGCUGGUCACGCAUGUGUCCACGGAGCAUGUCGGCGGUCCCGAACAGUGUAACCACGUCUGCUUUUGGGAGGACUGUCCACGGGAGAGCAAGCCCUUCAAGGCAAAAUACAAACUGGUCAAUCACAUCAGAGUGCACACGGGAGAGAAACCCUUCGCGUGCCCCUUCCCGGGAUGUGGCAAGGUGUUUGCGCGUUCAGAGAAUUUGAAAAUACACAAACGGACCCACACAGGAGAAAAACCGUUCCUGUGUGAAUUCGACGGCUGCGACAGACGUUUCGCCAACAGCAGUGACCGGAAGAAGCACAUGCACGUUCACACGUCUGACAAGCCAUAUCUGUGCAAACUGUGCGACAAGUCGUACACACAUCCCAGCUCUUUAAGGAAACACAUGAAGGUCCACGAGGAUCAAAGUCCGGUAGUCGACUCCUCUCCUGCUGGAAGCUCCGGGUACGAGUCCUCCACUCCCUCAAGUUUGAUCUCUCCGUGCUCGGAGACGCACAGCACCAUGUCGCCCGACUCAGCUGCACUGAACAGCAGCGGGCACAGCAGCGGGCACAGCAGCUUAACGUCUAAUUUUAGCGAGUGGUACGUUUAAGGACCAAAACGAACAUAUAAAAGAAAAUAUUAUUUGUAAAUAGUAGCCUAAAUGAGGGUUUAUGUUCUCAGCAUGUCUAAGAUUCAGUGUUGCACUGUGACUGAAGUAAGCCGAAAAGUAUUAUGUGACUAAAAUGAAGGCUGUUUUUAUAUGAAGAAUAAAAUGUACUUUGGUAAUUUGUUUGCGAAAGAAGGAUGUAUUUUUUGACUGUAAUGUCAAUUGUUUUACAGUAAUGUCGUGUCAAGUUACCAUGUAUGAAUUCAGUAUUCCUGUCAUGUAGAUUAGAGCUAUUGACGUGACAUGAUUGUCUUACCAUAAAAGUAUUAACGGGGAUCCUAAGUGCCAAAGUCAAAUGUAGUGCGUUAAAAUGGAUACAAUUUGUGAAUGUAUUUUAUUGUAAGAAUUAUUUCCAUGUAGGAUAUGUUACAGAUGUCUGGAAAUCAUCCACUUCGAGUAAUUUUGAGAAAAGCCUCUUGUUCUUAAAUUAUGGUUAUACUACUUGAUAAAAAUACAAAAUAUUUAUGAAAAACACCUCGAUUAAAAUGUGUACAGAAUUGUUACCUUUAAAGUGUUUGUACAUUGUUAUUCAGUUUUAAGAUGUAAAUUCUUGUGAUAACAAAUGCCAAACGGUAAAAUGAAGGAAAAUAUAUAAAGACAAUAAAAUGAAA